AUGUGCCCCGGCGCUGGUACCCUGAUAGCCCGAUACGACGAGCAUGCCUUAGUCUCCAGAUUCAAAUUUGGUGUUCUCCAUCAGCGAGCUGGUCAACUCACCGAGGAGCAGCUCUUCGGCAAUCGGCAGAUCACUCCGGCCUUUCAAGAGUUUCUCGAUCUCCUUGGUCAGAAAAUCGAUCUCAAGGAUCACAAGGGCUAUCGCGGCGGAUUGGAUACUCGGCAUGGUCAGACCGGCGAUUCGGCGGUGUACGAGGUGUUUCGGGGUCGAGAGGUGUUGUUUCACGUAGCUUCGUUGCUACCAUAUAGCCCGGGUGAUUCGCAACAGCUGCAACGUAAACGGCACAUUGGCAAUGACAUCGUUGCGAUCAUAUUUCAGGAAGAACCGACCCCUUUCAGUCCAGACAUGAUUGCUAGCCACUUCUUGCACGCCUUCAUCGUCGUGCAAGUCAUCGACCCCUGCACUCCUAAUACGAGAUACAAAGUCAGUGUUACGGCGCGCGAUGACGUUCCUUGGUUCGGGCCAACUCUACCGACACCGGCAGUCUUUCUUAGAGGCGUUGAAUUUAAAGAAUUUCUACUCACAAAACUUGUCAACGCCGAAAACGCUGCUUAUAAAGCCGAGAAAUUUUCCAAAUUGGAGCUACGGACUAGAUCAGCCUUAUUAGAAUCCUUAACGGAAGAAUUGCAGACCAAAACGGCAGAAUUUCUUGGUGGUCCACUUAGCCUAGGAAAUUCUGGUUUAAACGUUUGCCCAGUAAGCCCGACGAACGAUGUAUCCGCGUCAGGAAGUAGUGGCAGUGGCUCACGAUUUAUCGACACGGUACGCAAAGCGCUGAUCUCUCGUGUGAGAAAUGCAUCAACGGAGAGUGUGCCACAACAGCUAACUAAGAAAGGUCAGCAGAUAGAAUCCAGUCCUCCAAGCAAUCGACAAUCGACUGUCACGAAGGUGAGUGGCAACAAGCGCUCGGUAGAACCGUCCAGUCCGCUCGGAUCGCCGGAUCUGACCCUGAGGAGAGAUUCUGAGCGUGGUAGUCUCGGCAGCCAGGACAGCAGUCUAUCCAACACCGACAAUCAAGAUAGUAGUUUGGCGACAUUGCAACAAGACGAAUAUGAUCGCAGGGAAUCACAGGGCGCGAGUGUCGUUUGUUUAGACAGUGAUGCUACUGUCAUUGAUAAAACCUCGACACAACCGUCAGCGACGAUGCAGCGUUUAACGCAUGAGAAUCUGCGCACGCAGGAGAAAGCCACAACAGAAGUGACGCAACGAGUGAUCUCGGAGAGCGAUGAUAGUUCACUCAACAGUGAGCUCGAACUCGAUCAGGCUGUGUAUCCUGAUAGCGACACCGGCCUGGAAUCUAUGAGUUCCGCGGAGACUCAUGAUACCACAAGGUGUACGAGUAAAGAUGGGGUUGCAGAAAACGAAAAUUUAAGGAUGGAGGUCACUAGGCUCAAGUGCGACAAACUGGAUUUGCUGCGGCAGAAUGUGACAUGUCAACGGGAACUGAAACGUCGUCGAGAGAAGGAACUGCAACUGGAGUCCGAUUUGGCAGCAGCCUCCAAGGAAAUUUUGCGGCUACGUGCGAUGCUGAAGGAAUGUUCUACAAGCAUUCCGUUGGAUAACAACAACCAGCAGACGUCCACCGUGUGA